CCUGAUAGCAAAGCUUUGAACGACCUGCAGCAUACUGCGAGUGCGGGACGAUCCUGACAGCUUGGUGGGCCGGGUGCAUGAGUGCUGGCAGCCACUUCGCUCGGCUUGGAGCAUUUCGCGGUGUGGUGCGGAGCUAUAUCGCCUGUAUUAUAUCACUGGACCUGAUCCUGUGUGGAGCGUCUCCUAUCGCCUGCGGCAUUUCCCAUCUCCAGGACAUCACGUCCUGGAAGAAGUUUCCCGCGUUUGCCUACACUUGCGCGUGUAGCGAGAAUGGAACCCUGCUAGGCGUCAUAGAUGAACCCCGCUCACGACGUGCCUGUUACACAAUGAAGAAGAAAGCCGGAAGGUUUGAUAUGGCGGUGAAAGGUCAAUACAGCCAGUCCGCUAUUUCCGGCGGAAUAAAUCUUGGCCACACACAGGCAGGUUGUCCCUCAAAUCCUCCUGGACAAGGCAGAGAGGGCAACCAAUCAAUACAGCCCCGGGGCGCGCCCAAUCUGCCAGGCCGUUUCCCAUUGCUUCCCGAUCUGUGCUUGCAGGCCCCGUCAGGUGACACACGAUCGCGGACUGACUCUCAGGCAGGGCAGGGCGUGCCUCGCGGAAUUAACCCUACGAGAAUCAUUAAACUCUUCUGCGCCACGGGACGUUCGUUAGGUGCGAGACUAGACAAAGGAAGCCGUCCGAGAAAUGUUGGGCUGGUGGUAGGGCACGCCUCUGCGGUGGGGCUCCAGCUGCCUUCUUCCAGGCGUCCGAAGGUUGUUCGAUAUGCAGGCGAGUGGGCGAACGUUGGGGAUGGGUGAUGGUCCGAUGUGGGACGCCCUUUUGCGCCGCAAGCUGUUGCUUUUGGCGAGCCUAGCGAACCAUGGGGCAGCCGAUUACGGAGGGGGGAGGAGAUGUGUGUGAGGGAGGAGUGUGCUUUCUUCGACGGAUGACGGAUCAUCCAACUGCCCCUGAAUGCUCAUAUCAAUCAUGUCAUGCGACGCCGUGGUUCAAGGUCCAGGAAGGCGGGAGCGCGCCGUACAAGCGCUUGGCCGGCGCCGGUUCCAG